GUGAAUCGGCAUCGCUUUCGUUCCCCAAUUAUUUUGAGUUUUUGUCAAUGCUGUUUAAUCUUUGGCUGAGCUUACUGCUGAAACGCUCCCCUCCCCCCAAGCUUUGGCGAAACAGGAACAACUUCUCUGAAAGAACGGGAAAAAAAGUUGCACACGUUUGAAACGUCUUGGAGAUUUUUUUGGCCGUUUGGUGUAGGCUAACCUAUCCUGGUAAAGCGCAGAGAUUUUAUUGUGGAUUGCCACUGGUGAAAAUUAUAGUAAAUGAUCCGUAUCAUACUGCCCUUCUUGUGUUUAUUUUACUGCAGGUUUUAUUAUCCUCAAGAUUAUAAUUGUGCGAAAGGUGUCGUUUGCGGAAUAAGCACAUCUUUCUAAAAAAAUAUAGGAUGGAAUUUGUGAUGCUAAGAUUGCUCAUCUGCACCUAAGAUCUUUUUGUGGCAAUGGAAAAUAUUCCACGCGCAAUGCGGAGUUUAUUUAUUUGGCACAAAUGGGUUUGCAAUUGGCUGGCGUGAACUGCUGCUGAGGACAAGCUGUGUGAUUGGAUACUCUGGACCAGAACACAGCCUUCCUUUGUCUGCUGGGGGGGUGAGAGGUCGUGAGGUUAUAGCCCAGGGGGCCAGUGGGCUUGCUCUCCUGAUGAGGUACAGUCUAGGUCUGUGAGACCUGGGGGCUGCUGAAGGUUUCGGAGUUUCAUUCGUCCGUCCCGUUACAGUGCAGAGACAGGGAUGGCGACAGCUAUAUCGUGACACAGAGGGACAUGUGUGCCCGCGGGCUGUGAGCUCUGGGGAGAAUGCUGGAGGUGCAGGAGGAGAGAGCAGCAGUGGCAGCACACUUCACCAGGAAAGAGCGCACGAAGAGCGAGGACGCGCCGGCCGACCGGAGCUCCCGCACCAGGGCCCCGCCCACAGCCCCGCCCAGCCACCUGACUCCACCCUCUGCCUCCUUGGGAUCUCCCUCAAUGCAUUCCAGCAAUCCCAAAGUGAGAAACUCACCGUCGGAAAACUCUCAGAGCAGCCCAAAAUCCAAGCAGGAGGCUAUGGUGCGGUCACCCCCUGUGAUGUCCCCUUCCAGUGCUGCCCAGAUGGACUCUAAACUGCCCAAUCAGGGGAAGCAAGGGGGCUCUGGUAGCCAAUCACAGCCUUCGCCUUGCGACUCCAAGACGCUGAGUGGUAGCCAUGCCCCCAAAGGACCUCAAGCCACAGGAGGCAACCUGGCUCUAAAAAAUGGGCAAGGCCUUAAUUCAGCCAGUGGGGCUAAAGGCCUGAAUUCAGCAACUGGGACUAAAGGCCUUAAUUCAGGCAGUGGUGCUAAAGGCAAAGUCAAGAGAGAAAGGAGUACUUCUGUGGAAUCGUUUGAGCCAAGGGACACAGGGACGCCUUGCAAUGAGCCUGACCAGAAAGACUCCUCCAGAGUGAAGCGGAUGUGUGUUGCCGAGCGACGGCAGCCCUACAGCGGGGCGGACUGGUGCUCAGGAGGCGAGAGUGAGGAGGAUGACCCGCAUUUUUUCAACUGUAACUCCACCGAUGUGAAGCCCCAGGGUUCUGGCUCUCUUCCUCCUUCCAGUGCUGGAAUCAGCCGGUCUUCCACACCGUCCCACAAUGCCGUUUCUGAACCCGCCACUAAUCAGAGGCCUCCCUCAAAAAUUGUUUACGUCUUCACCACAGAGAUGGCCAACAAGGCAGCAGACGCGGUCCUCACUGGCCAUGCCGACACCAUCAUCACCUUCCAUAUGAAGAACAUCUCCCACAGCAAGGCGGACAAACACCACCUCCCACUGGUCGGACCACUGCGAGAUGAACCAAAGCCGCUGCAGCAGGCAGCCACGCCCCCUCAGCAGAACCACCUGCUGGGCCCCAAAGCCCUGCCCCUUGGGCCCGCCCAACCUCAGCCUCCCUCUCAGGGGGCCAAGCUGGCCCUGGCACAGGACGGCCCCACCUCUGACAGCCCCCGGAACACCCCGCCCGAGGACACGCCCAGCGUGCCAGGACCCCAUCCUGGCUUCCCCUCCCUGGAGGGUGGCUUGCCCAAGGGGGCAGACCCCAGGAUGACUGCGCAGCACCACCAGCAGCUGGCCAAUGAGAUCAUCUCCAGCAUGGGGGACAACUCAGAGGGGCUGUCCCAGGAGCAGCUGGAGCACCGGGAGCGCUCCCUGCAGACGCUGCGGGACAUCCAGCGCAUGCUCUUCCCUGACGACAAGGACGCAGCCCCACCCCUGGCCCCACCCCCCAACCCUGGCAUGAUGGAGGGCCCCAAGAAGCCUGACCAGGGGCCCCUGCAGGCCAUGAUGGCCCAGUCCCAGAGCCUGGGCAAGCCGGGCCCCGGCUCCCGGCCAGAAGGGCCCCCCUUCGGCCCCCCUGGCCCCAGGGACAUGCCCUUCUCCCCGGACGAGCUGGGGUCCCUGCCUCCCGGGCCGGGGCUGGAGCCCGGAGAUCACAUGAGCCCUGAGCAAAUAGCCUGGCUGAAGCUGCAGCAGGAGUUCUACGAGGAGAAGAAGAGGAAGCAGGAGCAGCUUCAGCACCGGCCCCUGCCUGACAUGAUGCUGCACCAGCACGGGCCCCGGGGCCUCAUGCGUGGCCCCCCUCCCCCUUACCAAAUGAACCCUGGCGAGGUCUGGGGCCCUGGGGGACCCGAACCCUUUCCCGAGCAGAUGAACAUGGGCCCCCGGGGCAUGCACCCUCCUCAUCACAUGCAGAGGAUGCCAGGGUUCCCCAUGAUGAACCCCGACAUGGACGCAGGCCCCAACCCCAUGUCCCGGCCAGGCUUGCCCUGGCCAGAUGACAUGCCCAAGAUGGGUGACGGGCGGGGUUUUCCCCCAGGGCAGGUAUUUGGAGGUCCUGGGGGGCGGGGGGAAAGGUUCCUGAAUCCGCAGGCUGUGCAGGAAGCCAUGUUCCAGCAGGGAAUGGGCGAGAAACAGCCUAUGGGCAUCCCUCCUGGCAUGGCCAUGGAGAUGAACAGGAUGAUGGGAAACCAAAGAGGUGUGGACCUGCGCAUGGUGGCGGGGGAUGGCCCCAUCAGCCCCUCCCGCAUGGAGCUUGUGAAGGGGCUGGUGCGGGACUUGGGGCCCGAGUUUGUCAUGGGCCCUGGGAACAUGAAGGACAUGCACCUUGGCAUCAACGUGGGGCCCGGCCAGCCCAUGAUGGGCAGCAAGCUGCGGGAACCGCCCAUGAGUCCCGAGGAGAUGAUAAAGAUGAGGCAGGGAGGGGGGCCCCUGCCUGCAAACAUGGGACCCCAGCAGAAGAUGCUGCAGGGGCCCCCAUUCCCUGACCAGCCCCAGCCAGGGGACUUCAACAUGGGGCCAAACAGACAGUUCCAGGGCAUUCCGCAUGGGCCCCUGGGGCCAGGGAACAUGAGGGGCCCCCGGGGCGAGCAGCCCUUCGGUCCCGAGCAAAGAACUAACAUGGGGGGCAGUGGCCGGCUGAGCCACCUGCAGCCUCUGCCUCCCAACCAGCCCCCAGGCAACCCUGGCCUCAGUGCGGGGCCCCCCCCGGCCCAGCGCGGCCCGGGGCGCAAGCCCUCGGACCUGAGCGGGCAGGCUGGUCCUGUGAACCCGCUCAAGUCCCCCUCGCUGCGCCAGUCACCCAUGCUGGGGUCCCCCUCUGGAAACCUCAAGUCCCCUCAGACGCCGUCCCAGCUGGCAGGCAUGCUCACCGGGCCCCCUGUCCCCCCCGCCCCUCCGGCCGCCUCCAUCAAGUCGCCACCCAUGAUGGGCUCAGCCGGCGCCUCCCCCGUCCACCUGAAAUCUCCCUCUCUCCCUGCCCCUUCCCCUGGCUGGUCCUCUUCUCCCAAACCGCCCAUGCAGAGCCCUGGCAUCCCUCAGAACAGCAAGCCCCCCCACAGCAUGACCUCGCCCAACAUGAUGGCCAACAUGGAGCAAGGUGGUAAUGGGCCUCUUCCAGCUCCCUCUUCUAACUCCUCUAGCCAGCCUGGCUCCAUCAAUCUUCCAGGAAGUCUUCCAUCUGGCAGCCCAUACAACCUCCCACCUGAGCCCACGCUAUCCCAGAACCCCCUCUCCAUCAUGAUGUCCCGUAUGUCCAAGUUUGCCAUGCCCAGCUCCACGCCCCUCUACCAUGAUGCCAUCAAGACUGUAGCCAGUUCUGACGAUGACUCUCCACCCGCUCGCUCCCCGAACCUUCCAAAUAACAGCAUGCCUGGUAUGGGAGGGAAUCACCACCCUGGACACCCCCGCAUGACAGGGCUGAACCCAGCCCUCAGCCCCAUGGGCAUGAACAGCAUGGGACAGCCUCUGUCCCACGCCAUGCCCGUCCAGCUGCCCUCGCCCAACCCCAUGGGGUCCCCCAUGAUGCCCCACGGCAUGAUGAUACCCCCCGGUUCCCAGGACCCCGGAAUGGCCGGCCACCAGAUGAUGCCCCAGGGGCGCAUGGGGUUCCCCCAGAGGCAGCAGGGCUUCCCUCAUGGGCAAUCGCCCCCCCAGCAGGUCCCCUUCCCCCACAAUGGCCCAGGGCCCCAAGGGGGGUUCCCCCAUGGCAUGGGGUACCCCGGGGAGGGGGUUCCGAUGGGCCGGCUGGGCAGCGGAGAGCCGGGCGGGCCUGAACCGUUCAGCAACAUGCCCGCUGUGUUCAGCGACAGCGACCUGCACGAGGUGAUCCGGCCCGGAGCCUCGGGCAUUCCCGAGUUCGACCUGUCCCGGAUCAUCCCGUCCGAAAAGCCCAGCCAGACCCUGUCCUACUUCCCCCGGGGAGAAGCCUCUGGAGGCAAGCCCCCGCAUCCCUCUGGGCCCCCGGGCUUCCUCCAGAUGCAGGGCAUGAUGGGAGAGGGCAACCCCAGGAUGGGGCUCCCCAUGCCGGGCCCCGGGCACAUGGGCCCCCAGGACAUGCCCAUGGGUAACCAGGGGCCACACGGCAUGCGACCGCAGGGCUUCAUGCCCCAGGGCAUGAUGGGACCUCAGCACCGGAUGUUGUCGCCGGGGCAACACGGCAUGAUGGGCGGGCCCGGGAUGAUGCAGGGCAAGGAGAGGGGCCCGCUGUACAGCCACCCGGGGCCCCUGGGCUCGCCCAACAUGAUGAUGUCGCUGCACGGGAUGGGCGGCCCCCAGCAGACUAUGAUGAUGCCGCCCCAGAUGAGGCCCCGCGGUUUGGCGGGGGAUGUGGGCAUGGGCUUCAACCCUGGAUCCGCAAACCCAGGGAACCUGAUGUUCUGAGCUGCUAAACAAAAUGAGACAGAAAUGCAAAAUUACAAAGUACACAAAGACGAGCAUUAAGUGGAAAGUACAGAAAUACUGGGAGGAAUAUUAGACUCUCCGAAACGCCCUGUGUGCACUGCAACCUGGGUCUGACCCACAGUCUGGAUGUAUACAGAACAAAUAAGGUUCUUUUUCAGAACAUCUUUGGGUUAUUUCAUUUCAGAAACUCCAGAAGGAAUGGGAUAAAUCUACAUAAUUCGUUCAGAACUAGAAUAUUUUUGAUCAAUUUUCUUCAUACUCUGGAGCUGACUUUAAAAAACAUGAAUAUUGAAAUAAAGGAUUGCUUCAAGGGGCACAGUCCCCAGGUCUUUUCAUUUUCUUUAUUUUUUAAAGAAAGGAUUAAUCAAAAGGCAGAAAUCUUGAAAAAAAUGAAAUGGCAGUCUUCAUUUUGUCACAAUUUGCACCAUUUCUGAUGUAUGUUUGCAUCUCGGUCUGUUCCCUCCAGAAAUAAAAACUCUUUGUAUUUGUGUACUUUGUGUAAUUGUAUUGUAAAAGGGAUUUUAGCAGUGGCUGUUCUUUUGGUUUUCCAUCUUCAUUUUGGAGUGAGGGGAGGAGUGUGUUUACUAUGGAUGAGCUCCAUUUUGUUUUUUUUUCUUCCUUUGUUGCUCCAGUGUGUAACACACCAAACUAUGACCUCAUACAGAUAAUAGUAUUAUCAAAAAAAGCACAAAAAUUGAUUAACUAAAGGAAGAAAUGUGUCUUUGCUCUUGUAUUCUAGAGAAAAACACUAUGGAUCCAUUAAAUGGCAGUGGGAUUCUGGUACACACCAUUGUGUGUUCACUGGCUUGGUUGUUUAAUUUUCUUUUGAGGGGACGAGGGCUUACAGGGUGUCGGUCAGUUUUCCAUAUCUAUUAGACAGCCAGCUGUGUUUCCAGGUUCAAAAAUGUUUGGUUUGUUUGGACAACAAAUAUUACUAUUUGUCUUUUAUUAUUUUCAUAUUUUACUGUGUAUCAUACUCAAGUCUGCUCCCCAGGUGUGCAACGCGACCAAACGUGGUCUGGAUUUCGAGGUCAAAUCUCAAAUCUUUUUAUAAAAAGCAAAAAGGUGACACAAAAACUAAAAACAAAGGAGAAUAAUGGUUGUUUUGUUAUCUCCCUCCCCCUCCUGUGUAAACUUGUCAUGUGUAACUCCAUUGACUUUGGUACAGAACCACUUCCCAGGGCUGUGCUGUUGGAAGGCAAAUAAAAUAUAUUGUUUGGUAUAAAG